GUUUCUUUUGGAUUAUGCUUGCAGAUACCGAACUCCUCAGUUUUGCUGCAGCAUAUGAGUUGUUCCACCAAAGGCUUUCAAAAGAGACCUUAUUCACUGCAGCAUGUUACGCUUUCCUCGCCUUUGAAUCGUCUCAGGCAAGUCAAGAAACACCCUAGUCCAUGGAGCAACUCACACUCGGCUUUUUUUCCCCCACGACUAACCUCUCUUUACACAGCACACGCCCGUACGCUUGAC